AUGCUCAAAGCCCUCGCCCUUCUUCUUGUCCUCGGAGCUCUCACUUCUGGUGCCCACCAGCACCAUGACCAUCAUCGCUCUCUUCAAGAAGGAAAUGCUCACUUCAAGCUGGAUGGCACCCAGGAUCAAGAUGUCACCCAUGCUCAUCUGAUGGCUCAGGAUUCGGAUCUCCUCGAGAUCCUCUCCAGAGGACGACGUGCUCCAGGAGGACCUCGCCGUCGCCACUGUGGCACAAGAGUCGCCAUGUUUGUCAUGCAAGUGUGUGGCCAAAUCUGUGAGCCAUUCACGGCAUUCGACAUCGCCACACAUUGCUGCUCUCAAGAAUGUGAUGCCGACACCGUCAAAAAAGUCUGCUGCCCUUCUACCAUGCUUCGCUGA